CACGUAAGGGAUAAUGCCCGACGAGGUGUCAGGAAUUAAUAGACAACAGGGAGGCCAGAACCGUCCCACUUAUACCAUGGUCAUUUGCCAAAGGAAAAAAAAUAAGACCAUAAAUUUAUAUUUGGAUGCGUUUGCAAUCAAAAUCUAAAGUUUUUCACAAGCCAUAACUCAGUUUCCCUGGUAACACCUGAGGGUUUGACUAAUACCUGGAACAAUCAUUACCAUCCCAUAAGAUUGUUAUGCAAUGGGAACGUUGUUCACUACUCCAGUAACGAGAACGAACCUUAGAUACGACUUUGCAACGGGUUACAUUUCUAGUCCACUCAGCUCAUAGAACCCUUUGGCUCAGCUAUGAGCCAGAAAGCUAACGUUAACAUUGCGUUCGGUUGAUUAACAGUUAAUAUAAUCUAGAUAGGUCAUGUGUACUGUCGGCCGCAGCCUGAAGUAGUGAGUUGAAUAGCGAAUGGGGUGUGAGAUCAUCGCUUAAGUUCAGAGGGGCAGUGUACUUCUUGCAGCUUGUGUGUUACAGUCACCAUCCUGUUGUGUUCAGAGGAUGAGGCACUGAAGGACUACACUGAGUCUUGUAAAGAAGAGCUUCUGAUUUUUAGAACGGUGAACUGAAGAAGAAGAAAUAUUUCAUGUUGUGAAGAAAUACUUUAGAUUUGAAACAAAGUGUUAAGGUCCUUUUUAAAAGCUGAGAUUCUGUAAAACAUGUUGUGAUCAAAUAUAAACGGUGCAGCUGCAGCUUCAUGGUUGGUUGUCUAAAUGUGGCUGUAGGUGUUUUUUGAUCGCGAGCCAGAGUACAGAACCAAAAUAUAGCCCUCAGUCCACGCUACAUCACUUAAUCCCCUCUGCAGAAACAUGCACAUGUCCUCACAUAGACUCACCAAGGUCUCUGCUGUGCAUCAGAGUGACGGCAGAGGAGCAGGCACUCGGGGGAGGAAGGCUCCCGGGCGCUCAGGGAGUCGAUCCAGCAACAUCUCCAAGGCCAGCAACUCUACAACAGGACUCACCACAGCCUCAAAAACAUCAAUCACCCCGUCUGGUCAGGACAUAUGCAGUCCUGGCCAGCUGACCCGCUUAGAGGAGGAUGCUUCUGAAUCACAAAAACACAACAAGCACACACACACCUCUGUGAUGACCAUCACCAGCACAACUCUGGGCUCGUCAGCUCAGGCCCAGAAGAAGCAAGUGAAGCGCCGUCACCGCCGCAAGAGGAGCAGCUGCACCACCCUCGACUGCGUGGAAACCAACGCCAAACAGGAGCAGACCGACCGCAGCCUCAGCUCCGACCGCAGCGAGCGGGGGGAGCAGAGGGAGCGGCCUUCCAAGAACCAGAAAGAGCUCCCACCUCGCUUCCGCUGCUCAGGGGCCCCCGAGUCAGACUCCACCUCCGAGGAUGAGGCGAGGCGCGAGGCCCGCAGCUGGAGCAAAGAGAAAGCCCGAAGAGUGCGCCGCCGCAGCGGAAGCAGCCGAGAGAGGGAUGGAGCGAACAAAGACAAAGCAGAGAUCAUGGAGCUGCAGUCGGUGGGCUCAGAUGAAGGGAAGGAGAAACAGCCUCUGGUGGAGGACGGCGGAGGCCUUAAGAAGCGGCACAGCAGCAGGGCCUCGAUGAAGAGAGACGGCAACGUUUCACCGAGGGAAGGCUCACAGAGCAGAGAUAAGAGAUGCAAGUCACGCAGCCCAGGAGGCAGCUCCUCAUUGGCAGAGGACGGCGAGGAGCUCAUCACCAAGAGAUACCAGGAGAAGGGGUCAGGGGGUGGGGACAUGUCAGUGCCCACACCACAGAAACACUGCGGUGUGAAUGGAGGCACAGCACAGCCCUGCUCUGAUGACUCCGAGCUGGAGGUCUGCAGGAUCUGCCACUGUGAGGGGGAUGAUGAGUGCCCGUUGAUAAUGCCCUGUCGCUGCACGGGGAGCCUGAUUUUCGUCCACCAGGCCUGUCUCAACCAGUGGAUCAAAUCCUCAGACACUCGCUGCUGUGAACUCUGCAAGUUUGACUUUGUUAUGGAGACGAAGCUCAAACCUUUAUGCAAGUGGGAGAGGCUACACAUGUCGAAGAGUGAGAGGAGAAAGAUCUUCUGUUCAGUGUUGUUUCACCUGAUAGCAAUAGUCUGUAUGUUGUGGUCAGUCUUCGUUCUGGUGAAGAGAACCGCGGAAGAGAUCAGACUUGGGAAGAAUGAGGAACUAUGGAGAGUUUCUCUUCUGAAGUACUAUUCGUCACAGGCUGUGCUGGAGUGGCCCUUCUGGACCAAGCUGAUUGUGGUGGCCAUAGGCUUCACAGGCGGCCUCAUCUUCAUGUACAUCCAGUGUAAAGUCUACCUGCAGCUGUGGCGCCGCCUCAAGGCCUUCAACCGCAUCAUCACUGUGCAGAACUGCCCAGAGAAAGGCGUGCACAACUCUCAGGCCCGGCCCAGCGCCCUGACCAACGGCAAGCAUGAAACUGUGGAGGUCCCAGUCAGUCCGGCCCCCGUCCCGGCUCCAGAGGCACAGAUGGACUCAGACGUGUCAGUGGAGGCUGCGGUGGCGCCGGCACAAAACCCCGUCUGACUGAUUCUCCUCCUGCUGAGAAAGAGUCCUGAAUCACACCCUGCGCAUCCAACAGCACAAGCUGGUGUGAGCACGGUGUAAUUUAGACUCGUACAGUGUUUUAGUGUUGGUCAUCUCAACUCCUGUGAUUACUGAUGUUGAGACACAAUGGACGGAUUUAAAGUCCUUCAGUGAUCAAGGAAAACUGAAAGGCUGCAGAGAAGUGAAUGUGCAGGAAGAAUGUGGCAGGCCAGAAAAUUGAGAAAAGAGGAGGUGAGGAGAUGUAAAGGAAAAUAAAGCCAUCAGAAGCUUGUAAAGACUGCAGUCAUGUGGUAUAUACUGACACUGACAUGAGGUAAAGGUGUGAACACGCUGUGGAUGCAUUUAAAGACUCAUUAUGCUUCAAACAAACCUUGGACAACACGUCAUACAGCCAUGUCUUCAGGCUAAACACAGGGUUGCUGAAAAGCCUGCCGUCACAGAGAGCGAGGGGGCGAGAUACGAGGAAUUGUACAACUUCAUGUCCUCAUGGUGUUAGACUUGGUUGUUUGGUCCAUGUGAAAAGUGAUUUAAGUGGCUGUGCGAUGAAUGAAGACUGACAAAUCACUGCAUGAAGGGGCAGAUGUGUUGCGAAAACGGACAGACAGUCAACGUUCAUGCGGUUCUGUUUUUACUACAUUGCGUGUCUGCAUACACGGACAUGUUCACAACGGUUUGUUGGCGCGGUCUUAAAUUUUGGGCUCACAUCAUUUUUUGCGUUUUUGGACGCAAAAACUAGAAAUUUUUGGGGGAUUUCAGAUACUGUCGGACACUACAAGCAAUUAUAUAAGGCCUUACAGGCCGGAGGAAGGUUAAGAGAAGUUCGUCCAACUGUGUCAUUAUCAUUGUUUAUUUCCAAACUGCAACACUCACCUUAAACAUGCUGUCAGAGAUGUGGUAGUCGCUGAAAUGGAAAUAAUGGCACAAACUUGGGAACAGUCUUUCUUCAUGGCCAUUUAUUCCGUUGCAUUCAGUUGUAUACGAGACGUGACGGAGGUUGUAGUGUGAAGAAUGGAAAAGAGCUUGAGGAAAGAAGUUCAUACCCCACCUAUUUUCACACCUCCGCACACCUGUUAGCAUGAAGCGGGCACGGGCACACGUGAAAGCAGCAGGUUUCAGAUGCAGUUAGACAAUCCAACAAGCACUUUGUUUGAAGCAUACUGAGGCCUUAACUCUCCUUCUGGACAAUCAGGUCUUCAGACACCAAAGAGUCAGAUAUAAGUAGAGAAACAACUAUUUAAAUAUUUAGCUCAGUCUGAAAUUGAAAAAUGUAAUGUUUUGAAAAAGCAGAAUUUAUUUAUGAUAAUAGGAAAGUUUAGAAUAUUUCUUAAAAUAGCAAAUCUCAAGUAACCCAGUUGUUUAUGACGUUUUGUUUUGACAGUUUGCAGCUUUAAGUGAUCCUGCUCUGCGAGGUCCCGUUAUUUAUACAUCGAUGUAACUAGAGCUUUCGUGGUUGCCAUUUAUUGACAUUAGACUUGACACACUGUGUGAGUGACUGACCAGUCAAUCUACAAAAGAAGACUGUUGUUUACACGUGUCUACUUUUCUACAGGUUUAAUUUGGGUUGUUGUUGUUUUUUUUUUUACCAGUGUCACUUUCAUGUCACGGAAAAUGUUAUUUUCUCUGUGUCUUAUAUCCACCACAACACAACACCACAGCUCAACAUCUUUGUCAAAACCUUUUUUGAAUAUUCCGGCUACAUACGAUGCAUAUUUGUUUGUGCAAUAAACAGUGAAUGUAGAAACCCUCA